UCUGAAAAAAAAAACAACAAAAAAAACAAAAAAACAAAUUCGGGAUCCAAGCAUGCCACAACAGCAGCUAGGUAUCCGCCUAUCCUCCCCCAAAGUCACCGCAGGCGCAGCAGCAGGCUUCCCCCGUCCGAGAGAGCGCGGAGACUCCACCGAGUGAUGCCACUACUGCAGCAAGACAAGCACCCAGCGACCGCGUAUAUUGUCGACGCCUGCCGGAGGACCCACCGACACCACAAUCUCGGCCCUUGACAGAAGAGAGAGCCCCCCCCAACCCCCCCUCGGCUCCGUUCCCGUCCCGACUCCAGGAUGUCCGACAGCAACGCAAGUCCCGCCGACCGGGUGAUCAAAUCGGUCCCCUUCCCCCUUGCCCACCGGCUGACCAUGAAGGAGGUGUUUGAUGCAGAGGGCCGACCGCGGGUGGACCUGCUCAAAGCUCACCUCACAAAAGAGGGCCGGCUGGAGGAGGCCGUGGCCCUACGCAUCAUCGAUGAGGGCGCCGCCAUCCUGCGCCAGGAGCGCACUAUGUUGGACAUUGAGGCGCCAGUCACGGUGUGUGGCGAUAUCCACGGCCAGUUCUUCGACCUGAUGAAGUUAUUUGAAGUGGGAGGAUCUCCUGCCAACACACGCUACCUCUUCCUAGGGGACUAUGUGGACAGGGGCUACUUCAGUAUUGAGUGUGUGUUGUACCUGUGGUCACUGAAAAUCCUCUACCCAAAGACGCUCUUUCUUCUACGGGGAAACCAUGAAUGUAGACAUCUGACAGAAUAUUUCACCUUCAAACAAGAAUGUAAGAUCAAGUACUCAGAACAGGUGUAUGACUCCUGCAUGGAGGCGUUUGAUUGCCUGCCCCUUGCAGCCCUGAUGAACCAGCAGUUCCUGUGUGUGCAUGGGGGGCUUUCACCAGAGAUCCACACACUGGACGACAUCAAGAAGUUGGACCGGUUCAAGGAGCCUCCAGCGUUUGGGCCCAUGUGCGACCUGUUGUGGGCCGACCCCCUGGAAGACUUUGGCAAUGAGAAGACCCAGGAAUACUUUGGCCACAACACAGUCAGAGGGUGCUCCUAUUUCUACAGUUAUCCAGCAGUGUGCGAGUUCUUACAGACCAACAACCUGCUGUCAAUCAUCAGAGCGCAUGAAGCACAGGAUGCUGGAUACCGUAUGUACAGGAAGAGCCAGACUACAGGUUUCCCCUCCCUCAUCACCAUCUUCUCUGCUCCAAACUACCUGGAUGUCUACAACAACAAAGCGGCGGUGCUGAAAUAUGAGAACAACGUGAUGAACAUCCGUCAGUUCAACUGCUCUCCUCACCCCUACUGGCUGCCCAACUUCAUGGACGUCUUCACAUGGUCGCUGCCAUUUGUGGGAGAAAAGGUAACUGAGAUGCUGGUCAACGUUCUGAGUAUCUGCUCUGAUGAUGAACUCAUGAACGAUGGAGAUGAGAUCUAUGACGCCAGUGCAGCAGCAGCAAGGAAAGAGGUGAUCAAAAACAAGAUCCGAGCCAUUGGAAAAAUGGCCAAAAUGUUCUCCGUUCUACGGGAGGAGAGUGAGAACGUGUUGACCCUGAAGGGACUCACCCCGACAGGCAUGCUGCCCAGUGGAGUGCUGUCUGGUGGCAAACAGACCCUGCAGAGUGCUACCAUUGAGGCCAUAGAAGCUAUCGAGACAGUUAAGGACGCUGAAGCCAUCCGAGGCUUCUCCCCACAGCAUCGGAUCAGCAGUUUCGAGGAGGCCAAAGGUCUGGACCGCAUCAACGAGAGGAUGCCGCCAAGACGCGAUGCUGUCAACAGCGUGGGCCUGUCGAUGGGCCGCAUGAACAUGGGGGAGCCCAAUGGGACCGACAGCAACAGCAAUAUACAGUGAUGGACGUCUACUCCCACAUGCCCAGACACAUACCUGCAGCUACAACACUGAUGUGGUACCAUAUUUAUAGAUACGUGUACAUAGGCAUAUAUACACAAGAAAAACGCAGCACACAGACACAGUAUUUCGUACACUAAAUAGGCUACAGAUGACAUAACACACACAUACGCACACACACACACACAUACAUGCAAUAACACACACACACACACACACACACACACACACACACACACACACACACACACACACACACACACACACACACAACCACGAUUACCCUCCCCUUCCCUGUUGCCCUCAGCUGUUAUGUAAAGGCAUGAGCGUACCCGGACUUUACCACCAAAGGCUGAAUCUCUUCACUGAACUGAUCGGCCCUAUUUAGAGAACUACAACUCCCAUGUACCUGCACAACAACAACAACAACAACAACAACAACAACAGGAGAAAGCCUCCAAUAACACUCCCCAUGCAAAACAGGAGGAGCUACUGUUCACCUUGUAUGUCGGGGAUCACCAAUGGGUUGACGGUGUCAGCAUGACGUGCCUGUGUUGGUGGUGUGUGUAGUGUGGGGCGGGGUCACAUGUUUGCACGAGGAGGGGGUGUCAAUCAGGCGGCUGGGGCAUUUUACAUUCGUAUGCUUCUUUUUCCUGUUUGCGUCCCAGAGCAGAAAGUGGAACCAGUUGAUUUUAUAAGGUCGUGGAUAUGCCUGCCUGAGUGCGUGCACAUGCUUCAACAUGUAAAGUGUCCGUGCGGUUGUAUUUGGAGAAAAAAAAAAGUGUGUUUUCUUUGCGAGCAGCUGGGCAAAAGCGAGAAAAAUUUUGAUGUGUGGUGUGGUGGCUUUUCUGUCAGCGAGAGAUGUACAGAGAUAAUCUCAGCUGCAGUCUAAUCUGAGCCCUUGCUGUCCUUUUCUUCUGCAGAGGAGAUUCCCGUUUGCUUUUGUAGCACUACACCGCACGCAUUCUCCACUUGAAGUCAAGUGGAGGAGUCUCCCCUCUUCUUUAAACUCUGGCCCUGGCCAGCUCGAAACUGGGCUCAGAUCCUAUUUGAAGUGUUUUUCCCAACCUGUGGAGUGUAGAUAGGAUACAUAAAGAGGUUUUAUUGCACAUCUGAUGCAUACGGUCACAGGAUGCAAGAUGCAGUAUAGCAGAAGUAGGACGCUUUAUGUAUGUGAGGGAGCCGGGGGGAGUUAAAAUGUGAAGUCAUGCUCUAUUCAUCCUCUUUCUACAUCUUCCUUUCUUCCCGUGUUUGCUGUCUACUCCCGAACAGCAGUGAUGGCUGGGAAUCUCUGGCCUCCAGAGCAGGAAACGAUAUUUCAUAGAGACUCUUCUGGUGAAGGCAGCAGCCAAGACAACAAGAAGUCAGAAGAAGGUCUUUGUAAAGCAUUUAUAUUAACGCAUCAGUGCAUGCAGAGUUAAGUUCUUUGAUAAUAAUGUGAAGAUUAUAUUUGUGCUCUGUGUUUCACUAUGGUAGGAAUUUUUUUCUUCUUGUUUUUCUGGCUAAUAUAAAUGAACUGAGGUAUAAUGACUCAUUUAUUUUGUACAUAAUGUUAAUUUUAUUUAUUUUUUGUAUUCAUUUUGUGUUAUAUUUUGUUGUUUUUUCACUUUUUUUUCUUUUCUUUUUCACAACCUGUGUUUCCGGUUUCUUUCGAUGCUGUACAGAAUGACAGUACGCUUCUAUUCAAAGUGUCAAGUCCACGUUCUCUCCUCUCUUCUUUGUCGAUGUACAGGAGUUGUUUUUAAUGAUAAAUAUGAAUAACGAUAAACAAAUAUUAAACUAGCAUUGAUGAAUGACCAUACUAUAUACAAAGGCACAGGCAUUCGGGCAGCCAAAAGCAUGAUUGCAUGGUUAAAAUUUGCGCUGUUCAAAGCAAAAAGCAGCAGACACAUUUUAACAGAAGAGCCGGUGUGUUGCCGUCACAAUUUAAAGGAAAAAAGUGUACUCUCUCUGAUCAUUAUUCUUGAUGAUUCCUCUUGUUAUUUGAUGAUAUUUAUGAUUCUAUGAUUAUUAUGAUUCUAUUUAUUAUGGACAUUAUUCUUAAUAUUUAAGCUCUCUCUCUCUGCUGGUUGCUCUUCAUGUUGCGUUGCUCCUUGGUUGAUCUUGUGCUUCUUUGGGAGAGGUGAACCCCCCUGGGAGACCCUGUGCCAUAGAAAUUGUGCCACGGUUCUGACUUUCUCUCUCUCUUUCUCUCUCUUUCUUUCUCUCUGUUUCUCAGUCUCUCUCUAUCUCUCUAUUUCUGCUCUCUUUCUGAUUUGACUCCCCAGUCACUAACACUGUAAGCAUGCCCCAUGGGACGAUUCACUUUUUUACUCUUGAAUAAAAUAUGCAUGAACCUUU